AGGGCGGCGACUCUAUGGGUCGUUGCCACGGUGGUGGGAGGCCCAACCUUCGACCACUCUUUCAAGCUCGCGGCAGGCGACCGCGGUUCAAGCACUCAAGCCACGACUCCACGGUGGCAUUUGGGCGGUGUCCUUCGGGAUGCUGCCGUCAUCCGAUGUUGUUAG